ACAUUCAUCGGAUUCUUGUCGCCCCGAAGCCAGCUAUUGGUUGGUGAAGCGCAUGUCCCUGACACUCUGCCGUCUCCAAUGGACAGUCACCAACAGGACUGAUGCUAGGCACAGACGCAGGGAAGAGAGAGGGAAGAUAUAAAGAGAGACAGAGAAUAACAAACAGAUUUAAGCUCAGGACUUCAGAAACAGACCCUCAUCAAUCAAAAGACCACCUGCGGGCACUGAAAGCCAUUAGGAAACAUGUGGUGGGCAAGUUGUACGGUCGUGCUGGUGCUGAUGACUGGAGUGACAGACGGGGACACGUUUUCUCUCACUGACUGUGAGUCUGAUGGGGACUUGGCGAUGCUGACGUUCCCGGAGGUCACGGUCACCCCUCACCCAAUCGUCGUGCCUGGCGACGUGGAGGUCAGCAUCCGCAUGCGCGUCAGACAGGAAGUCGCAAGCGACCUGACGCUGGACCUGCGCAUCGAGCGCUUCGUGGGCUUCUUCUGGCUCACCAUUCCUUGCAUCGACAACGUCGGCAGCUGCUCUUACCCUAACGUCUGUGAGGAGUUGUCCAGCGCGAACACAAACAGAGAGAACGUCACGACGUGCCCGCAGCAGUUAAACGCCUCGGGCGUGCCCUGCACGUGCCCUGUCCAGCCCGGUGACUACGUCAUCAACAAAGCUGUCUUUCAAGUGCCGGAGAUGACAGGAAUCUGGUCGCUAAUCGCCAUGGGUGACUACCGGGUGACGGGCAGGCUCAUUGAGACCUCCACAGGUCGGGAACUCGCAUGUCAGAACAUGGAGUUUUUAACAGAUUUCCUUGAGUCAAAAGGUCGUCUACAGAUAUCUCUAGACACAAAAGAACAUGUGGAGGGCAAGUCUACUACCUAUUCUACUUGUUCUGGCCGUUGUUACAAACGGAAUGUUCCCUUCUCUGUUACAGACUGCAUGUCCAACGAACAUUUGGCGCCGUUGAGUUUUUCUGACGUCAGAGUUGCUCCAUAUCCGAUCCCCAUCCCCAACAUAAAGGUCAACGCGACGAUGAUCGUGAGGGAAGUAAUAGAUGGCAGACUCCACCUACUCCUCAACGUCCAGAUGCGUUACGGGCUGUGGAUGACUAUUCCAGGCUUGGGAUCCCGGGAUUUUGAUGAUGUCUGUGGGAGGCUGUCCAGUAUUUCUCCUGUUAACUGUCCACCGCAGCUCAUCAAAGACAACUUCCCAUGCACGUGCCCUUUCACCCCUGGUACCUACGUCAUCAGGAAUGCUAUCUUCCAUAUUCCACAUUCAGGAGGCUUUUGGUCGUGGAUGAAGAAGGGGGACUACAGGUUGACGGCACGACUGACAACCAGCAAAGGGAGGGAGCUGGCCUGUCAGCGGGUGGAGAUGACCAUUGCAGGAUGGCUGUGACAGACUGGGAUUUGUUAGUCAUUCAUUUGGGGGAAACAAUCUUG